GAUGGAGCGAGGCUCGCCCUUUUGCGUUCAUGGUUGGCCGCCGGUUUGUCUCGGAGAUCGAGCAGCUCCGGAAGGGCGGCCCCGAAGGCCCGCUGGAUGGGGAGGACGUGCUAGACUUCCUGGCCGGCAGCGGAGAGGACUCACAGGUCGCCCUGGGCCCCAACCUCCUUUCGGCCCUGGAAGCACUUGUCGCUCCGCCUGUGGAUGGAGGACCACUCGUUGAUGCCGGCCUCCUUUCCUGCCUCGUAACUGUCCUGUACCGAUUCCUCUCCCCCGCAAACCCACCAGAUGCCGGGUCAGAACCUCCGCCGGGCAAUAAGUCGGGCCGAAAGUCCCGGGGCAACAACCCCGAGGGUUUGGAGGGGUUAGCAAAGCGGGUCGACGACCGGCGGAAGCGGCUGUCGGUGGAGGGCAGCAUAGUGCACAUUAUGAAGGCGCUGGCGCAGCACCCGUCCGCCGCGCAGUCCCUCGUGGAGGACCACUCCCUGCAGCUGCUGUUUUGUAUAGUGGCGAUAGACAUGGGGGCGACUGGGGAUGUGGCGCCUGAGGAGGUGGGGUCGCCCACCAAGGGCGAGCGAAUAAAGCCGCAGCUGCACAAGGCGCAGCUCCGGAGGCACGCCAUGCAGGUGGUCCAUCUUCUCCUUGCCAGUGACGGCGGGGCCAUGCCGCCGUAUUUGCGCAAGCACCGUCUUAUUGAGCGCCUGGUUACGGUCGUUAAGGAGUUCGACCCCGCAACAAGCGACCCCGCAUUUGCCAUCGGGGCUGUCUCUCUCCUGGUGGAGUGCAUCAGGCUGUCGUCGAGACCAGGCUCCACUGUGAUCCUCCGUGAAGAUUUCCAAGCUGCCGACGGCUACCGCUGGAUCGCCCGCCUGGCCCUCAAGCUGACCGAAGUAAAGGCCGAUCCAGGCCCCCAGCCGUUCCUGCCUGACACGUCAGCAACACCUCAAGCCAAGCCGGGGAAGCGCAACCUGACGGGCAAGCUGGGGGCAAUGGUCGCCAACCUUAAGCAUCACGGCUCCAAGACGGAAGCAGCCCCUGCCGAAGCAACGCCCGCAGAGCUCGCUUCAGAAACCAUCCAAGCGGCAGCAAAGCGCCUCUCAUUGGGCGGCGCCGAGGCUCCGGUUGAGGGGACCUCACCGUCCGUUAUCGAGCCGGAAGCAAAGCCCGAGAAGCCUGCCUUGUCGGUGCCACUAUCCCGCCUCCUGGAUCUCAUCAUCGAACUCGCCCAGAUUGCGACCAAGCCCGAAGACGACCCUGCGUCGAUCGUUUCUCCAGGAGCCCACAGGCGGACAUCGUCCAGCGGGGGGAAAAGGUUGCCCUCCUCGACACCCCCCCGGGGGCUGCCCGGCGCCCCUGCAAAGUCCCCCCCGCACCGGAGCUUCAUGCCCACGUGGGCUCUGUCCUCCCCAUCGAGUAGCAGCAACAAUCUGCUGGCGGAAGCGAGCCGAGCGAGCGGACGACUAAAGGACCGCAAGGCGGCGCAGCUGCUGCAGGAGAUCUUUCUGGAGACGCCAGACCUGGGGCUGAGGCUGGAGAUUCUGGAGCGGCUGUUGGGGUUGAUAUCGGGGGUGGCGGAGAAUAAGGAGGUGCUCGAGGAGCUGCGCACGCUACCGGUGCUGGUCAAGGGCGUGCCGGAGUACCCGGGGGUGCUGCAAGAGGAGCUGCUUGCGGUCUUGGAGUACGCCGGCACCCUGGCCGGCCUAUCCAUCGAGCAGGAGCUGCUGUCACUGGUGUUCUUCCUGCAAGGCCCCUCCGUGGCCCCCCUGGGGGAGCGCUUCCUGGCCACGUGUGUGCGCCUGCUGCGCUUCGACCCCCAGUAUGCCGCCACGCUGCGCGACUGCGGCCUCUUGGACGUCCUCAUCGAAGACCUCCGGAACUGUGGGGCUGGAGACACCGCUGGGCAUGGUCCCGACGGCGAGAAGCCGUCACCAGAAGCGGAGAGUGUGAAUAAGAGCCCAGGUGCGGUGUCGUUGUUUGCGGGGGGGGAGUUGCAGACGGAGACGACGUGGGAGGCGCUCGUGAGCAUCCUGCGAGGCAGUCCCGAGAACCAGAAGGUGUUUCGCAAGGCGGGGGGGUUCGAGGUGCUCCUGCCGCUGCUGGGGAAACCGGAGGCUCUCCGAGGCGGUGCGCUGCGGCUGAUGGGCUGCCUGGUGUCGGAGGACAGGGAGUGCGCGCACACCGACGAGCUGGGGGGGCUGAUCAACGUGGCAAGAACGGGGCACGUUCACCAGAAAGGAGCCCACGAGGGAGGGGUGCCUGUCCAGGUGACGUGGCAAGGCAGACUGGAGGCGCUCCAGGUGCUGCGGGGGGUACUGGUGGAGAACGAGUCAGCGAGGGAGGCGUUUAGGAAUCUGGAGGGGUUCAGCCUCCCACUCGCGCUAUUGGUGGGGCUUAGACGGGAUGAAGGAGCAGGGACCCCACGUGCGGGUGGAAGGGCGAGUGCGGGAGAAGGGGAGGUUCUGCUGAAGCGGUUUGAGCGGCAGCGGAGCGAGCUCCAUCCGAACCUGAAGCUCUGCCUCUUCGAAGCGUUGCUACAGGUUCUGAUUGCUGCGGUAAAAGGCAACUCGAAAAACCGGCAGGCGCUGAGCGAGGGAGUGGGCAGCCUGAGCCUGAGAGAGGCGCUGUCGAUGGCUGGGCUGAUCAGUCCCGAGUCAGAGGCGAGGAUUGUCGACCUGUUCUUCGCUCUAGCACUGGAAACGGAAGUGGGGACCUUGGAGGGUCACGAAGACGGUCAGGAUGUGGGUUUGGAGGAGCGGCGGGGUAGCCACCAGCGGGCGAGCAGCAGCGGAUUCGACGAGGGGCACAGCCGGAGGGCCAGCUUGGACGGCGCCCCAGCUAGCAGACGCAGCAGCCUAGGGAAGGAGGGCUGGGGUCCGGGUGCAUCCGAUCCGGGCUCGAUACUGAACCCGAGUGCAAUCAAGGGCCUCAUCCUGAGCCUGAGCCUGUUCUCGGAAGCAGUGCAAAAGCAGGUGCUGGGUCGGACUAAAGAGCUGGCGUUAAAAGGCCCCAGGAAUCGGGAGGUGCUCUGCGCAGCGGGCCUGUUCGGGCUCCUACUGGACGAUGCGAAGGCGAAGCUGCACGCUAACCCGGUUUCGGAUCUGCUAAUCCUGGAGUUAGAACUGGCAGAGAUACUAGGAGCGUUCCGGCUCUCGCCGACCGAGCUUCGGAGCCUGCUAGCUCUGGUGAAGCCGUCUGCGGACCCUAGGACUAGCGCAGUGUUUUUGCCGAUGGUCGAACGCAUGGCCAAGUCGACUGCGGUGGGGGACACCAAGCAGCACGCGCAGAACCCUUCUCUGGCGCCCUUCCUCGACUUCUCCCUGGGGGGGGUCGGGCACGCCUGCGUGCGCACCCCCCUGCACGAGCGCGCGUGGCCCCACUCGACGGGCUACUCCUUUGCCUGCUGGGUCAAGUUCCAGAACCUGCGCCAGACCGUGGCUCGGACCGUACGGACCGGUCGAGCGACGCAGUCUCCGGUGGACGCGCCCUGCUUGCGGCUGUUCACAGUGGGCCCUGCUGACGAGAAGGGGCCCCCGUAUCUAGAGGUGGCAAUAGAGUGCAGCGGGCUGCUGGUGCUGACAGCAGGGCCCAAGGAACGGCUGGUGUUUACGGACUUCACAUUCGAGGAAGACAGCUGGUACCACAUCGCUGUGGUUCACAAUCGACCGAGCGCGCUUGCGGGCCUUUUCCAGUCGAGCGUCGCAAGCUUGUUUGUUGACGGGGUUGGGCGCCAGAUGGGCAAGCUGGCGGCGGCCGCAGUGCCGCCCGGCAGGCCGUUGCUGGCCACUCUCGGAACGCCACCUGGCGCAACACUGGCGCCCGGCACGCUGACGUGGCAGCUGGGGGGCACGUACUUCUUAGAGGAGGUAGUCCCGCCUGCCGCGGUGUUCUUCAUGUACGCGCUCGGCCGGGGCUACCGGGGGCUGUUUCAGGACAUCACGCUACCGGAGUUCCUGCCCCAGGAGGUGGCCGGGGGGAUCACCCUGAAAGUGAUGCAGUCACUGGAGGAGUUGGCGGCGAACCCCUCGAUGGAGAGAACGGCGUCAGGGUUUGGAAGUCUGGGGGAAGCAAAGGAGCAGGUCGCUGUAGAAAUGGUGUGGGACAAGGAGGCGGCCGGGGUUGCACUAGCACAGCUGGCGGCGCGGCACAUAGUGUUUGCGUUUGACGGCUCGCAGGAGGAAGGGCCAGAGGCGGGGCAGUGGGCAGCGGUGGAGGUGGUCAACCUGGUGGACGCACACUCGUCAGCGGCGUCUAUCUCCGGAUCCGAUCUCCCCCGGUCCGCCCGGCUGUUGGGCAACGUCCAGGUCUGCCGCCCCUGCAGCCUGGCCGACAGCGUGCGCCACGCGGGCGGCGUCUCCCUGCUCCUCGCCCUCAUCCAGACGGCCACCACGCCCGCCACGCUGCGCCUCGCGCUCUCCCUCCUCGUCUCGGCGGUGCGCCACAACCCCAAGAACGCGCACGACAUGGCGCGCCUGCGCGGGUACCACCUUCUCGCAGUGUUCCUGCGGCAGCACAUUGACAUGGUGGGGCACUCCGAGCUGGACUUGUUACUACAGCUGGCGGGCACCGACGGCACCACGGGGCUGUUCCACCACCGGCAAGCGUUCGGGGGGGUGGACGACCAGGGCGGGGCCAUGCACACCGUGGUGCUGACGGACCCCCCCCUCGUGGAGGACGUUCUGCUCGACUGGACGGUGUGGGUUGCGGCGCCGGUCCCACUCCAACUGGCGGUACUCGACUUCCUCGAGUCGCUGGCGGGGCACAGCGCGUUCAAGCGGCACAACAUGGCCGCGCUGCGGCGGAUGGACGUGUUCCAGCAUCUCCUGGUGACGCUCCACCGGGGGGACGUCACAGAACCGGUGCUGCAGAAAGCAGUGCGCCUGCUGGGGCUGUUCAUCGAGGACGGGAAGCACCCGGGGGAGCUCAAAGCGGUGGCCGACUUCGUAGUGAGCACGUUCCGGCAGGGGCAGGCCUUGGAGGGCGUCGAGUAUGGCGAGCCGCGCAAGCCGAGUACGCCGCUCUUCGUCCCGGGGCGCGCCGGGCGCGAGUCGGACGGGUACGAGGUGCUGGUCCGCAACAUGGUGCUGGACAAGCUGCUGGACCUGCAAGUCAAGCUCAGGGGCGAGGAGGAACUAGACCUGUGGGGGAAGAUCGUGGGGAGCCGCGUGGUGACGUUCCUGCUGGACGAGGACGUGCACCCGAGCACGCUGUGCCUCGUCCUCACCAUGCUGGCCUACAGCAUCUCGGCCAACCCCGCGAGCGCCGCCAAGUUCCGCGCGAGCGGGGGCUUCCAGUCGAUCACGCACGUGCUGCCGUCCUUCUUCGACGAGCCCGAGGUGUACGCCAUUUUGCUGAAGCUGGCGCUCGGCCGGCCGGUCUACCCGCGGCAGCCGGCGAUGGGGCUCGAGGACUUUUACGCGCUAAUCCCCACGGGCGACGGGCAGGAUCCCGUGCACUUCCCCGAGCUGCUCGAGAUCAUCGGGUCGCUCUUCAAGGCCGCGUUCGAUGCGCACGACCCGCACCCAAUCGCUCCGGCGGGCGAGAGCAGUAACCACAAGCUGGUGGCGCCGGGGGUGGAGAACGGGGGAACGGAUUUGAGUCCGCGGACGACAGACUCGCGGGGGAGCACGCCGGAGGAGCUGGCGACGGGGCUGAUGCAGUGGCUGGUGAAGCUGGCGCAGCGGAGCGGCCCCCUGUCGCAGGCGUGCCGAAGGCAGGAGUUCUUGGAAGGAUACGUGGAGCUCUUCUUCUCAUGCGUCAGGUCGCACGCUUUGGACAUGGCUCCAUCGGCGCCCCUCCCGUACGUGGCGAUGGACCUGGACACCGGCAAGCCGGCCCAGCUGGACGUUGACGUCAGCGAGUACGCCAGCUUCAGCACGCUGCCCAAGUCGCUGGACGGCAGCAGCGACUACCUGGACCUCAGCUUCCGCAGCCCCCUGGGCGGGCCCGCUGAGGGCGACCACAGCAGCUACGCCUCCGGGUCUACGUUCGCCCACGACACCGGUGACGACCGCCGAGGCCUUGCGAUCCGCACCGCGCCGCGAACGAUGGCGGACGUGGCGGCCGAGGGGUUCCUGGACGGGGCCUCGUCGACGGGGACCCGGACCCCGGCCGGCGGGACGCCGAAAACGUCGGGGGUGCAGUCGCCUAUCAUGAUUAGCUCGCCUGCGCACCCCAGCUCGCCGUAUGCCAAGGGGGGCAGCUUCAACGGAGAUCUCGAGAUCGAAGCGGCCAUGCCACACGGGCUGCUGACGGACGCGCUGUUGCAAGCUGCGGAACAGUCGCCGGGCGCGCAAGCAGUGUUGGAUCUGUUGGCGGUUGUGUUGGCAGACGCGUUGGUGGAGCAGAGCCGGAGCAGCGGCCUGUUGGACACCGUGCUCGACGCGGUGCCCCUCGACAUUGCACCCGCAACUGCAAUCGUCUUCCACGGGCUGUGCCUGCAGCGCCUGAUAGCCGCCCUCAGCCUGCGGUUCGAAGACGUCCCGGCUUCCGACAAGUCAAAGUGGGCACACAACCUGGAGGCGCUGUCAUGGUUGCUCGUGGACCGUUUCCACCUGGGGGCGUUCGCGGGCGGGAAGACCGACGUGGCAAUUGUAGAGUUUCUGCUGGAACGGCUGCGGGCUGCGAACGUGGACGGGAAAGUGGAGGAAGCGACGGUGGCGGGGGGGUCGUCUCUGCGGCUGCUGGCACUGCCAAAGGCCAAGGGCGCGCAGGUGGAACCGCACGUGGUGGCGCUGCUGAAGAACCUCAACCGGAUGAUCAUGUACACGUUCCUGCCAGCGGCGUUCCGGAACAAGACCGGAGCGGGCGACAAGGACGGCGCGGGGUGGACUGUUGACAAAGCGGUGGGGUUACUUCUGGCGGACAAGAAACUGGUGCUGUGCCAGAGUAAUGUGGACGCGGAGCUGAUGGCGUGCCUGGCGUACAACUUAAACGAGAUGCUACUGGCCGACCACGAGGAGGAGCGCACGCGCGCAAUUGCGGCGUGGAAGGUGCUGCUGCUGCAAAAGUGGGGGGCGCUCGAGGAGCUGCUCACAGUGCGCAGCCCAGCCAAGGGCGUGCCCCCCCUGGACGUGCUGCGCGGCGGGAUCGACUUGUUGCUCACGAACGAGCCGGGCGACUUCUUCCAGUGGCUGUCGGACCACGACGAAGACGUCCGGAAAGUGUUGUCCGGGAAAGCGGCGUCCGAGUGGGCCGAGUACGUGGCGACCGCCGUCAAGUUCCCGGCGCAGCGCGGGCACACGCUCGAGCUGAAGCGGCGCAAGGAGAUGGGCCGUCGGAUGAAGGAGCGCGCCAAAUCGACGGCCAAGUUUGAGGAGCAGGCGCUGGAGCGGCGGCUGACGCUGGGCAGCGUGCGCCUCGGCGUGGGCGCCAGCCUGCGGCUGUUGCGGCAGGACAAGUACGGCUGGGUGCUGCACGCGGAGCGCGAGUGGGGGGCGCGCCUCGAGAGCCUUGUGCACGAGCGCGCCAUCUGGGGGAUCCUCCCGGGGAAGGAGACGGCGGCCGUGCAGUGGCAGCUGGACCCAACGGAGGGGCCGUACCGCAUGCGCAAGAAGCUGCAGAGGGUGCCUGCACUCGUGGACUUCACGGGCUGGGCCGAGGAGGUGACGUCAGCUAACGACGCAGUGACGCCAGCGGGCGAAUCUGUGACGUCAGCAGGCGAGGCGGGGACACCGGCGGGUGAUGUGGCGGCCAAGGAGGGUGAGCAGGCGGCAGGGGAGGGGUUGCAAUCCAAAGAAAUUGGGGGCAUCGAGUACUUCCACAAAUUUUCCGUGGCGGGUGCGGCGUCGAUGCGCCGGGCGUCGCUGUUGUCGGAAAACGGCGUCGAGGAGGAAGACGAGCAGGAAGAUGCGGAGACCGCAAGCGCGUACUCGGCUGCUACGAGCAAGUCUCGCCCAAACACCGCGGACUCCGGCGCACCCCCCCAGGAAAGACUAAAGAUCAGGGUGCCGGAGGGCCAUACGGCGAGUGACCUCAGCGCGCGUUCGCUGGAUUCCUCCCCGAGGCGGUCCUCGGCCCACGAGUCGGAAGCGGACGAGGCUGCAGUCGACGAAGACCUUGAGGGGUUCGAGGAUCUGGACGACGGGGAGCAUUUGAUCCGGCCGUACUUGGAGCCGCGAGAGCGGAUCAAGGGGCGGUAUAACUGCGAGCGGGUAGUCGGGUUAGACAAGCGGGACGGCGUGUUUCUGAUUGGGGACCUUUGUUUGUAUAUAAUCGAGGGUUACUUCAUCAACGGCGAGGGGCGCAUCUGCGAGAAGCGCAGCGAGGACCAGACGUCCGUGCUGGACCGUGCACUGGGGGUGGGGAAGGAAGCCCUCCAUGGCUGGGGCAAGAAGCACCGCAACUCCGUGCACAGCGUCAAGAAUACGCCGCGGGGGGGUGCCGCGGCAGCCAAAUCCGACUCCCCUGAGGCGGGGGGCUGGCAGGAGGCUGCGCGGUGCUUCAUGGGGGGUCAUUUCUGGGCGCUGGGAGGGGGGGUGGAGCGUGGGCGGCGGCGGCAGUUGCCGUGCGCGGAGCGCGACGACGUCUUCAAGCAGCUGCUGGCACACAACAUCCCGCGCGCCAACACGCACGUGUCAGACCUGCUGGGUGCCACCAUCAGCGGCGGCGCGCGUGCAGAGGCGGGCGAACCGGGGCGGCUAUUCAAGAUCAUGGCGCGCUCAUUCAGCAAGCGGUGGGUGGCGGGCGAGAUCUCCAACUUCCAGUACCUGAUGCACCUCAACACGCUGGCCGGCCGCGGCUACAACGACCUGACGCAGUACCCGGUGUUCCCGUGGGUGCUCGCGGACUACGAGAGCGCGGAGCUGGACCUGAGCAACCCGGCCACCUUCCGCAGGCUGGACCGGCCCAUGGGCGCGCUGGACCCGGACCGGGAGGAGGAGUUCCAAAAGAGGUUCGAGAACUGGGAGGACCCGGACAUCCCGCCGUUCCACUACGGCAGCCACUACUCGAGCGCGGGCACGGUGCUGUACUACCUGGUGCGGCUGCCGCCGUUCAACGUGCUGAACCAGCAGCUGCAGGGCGGCAAGUUCGACCACGCUGACCGCAUGUUCGUCAGCCUGCGCGACACGUGGCGCGGCGCCAGCCAGGGCAACACGGCGGACGUAAAGGAGCUCACCCCCGAGUUCUUCUACAUGCCCGAGUUUCUGGAGAACAGGAGCCGCCUCGACCUGGGGGCCAAGCAGUCCGGCGAGAAGGUGGACACGGUGAAGCUGCCUCCCUGGGCGCACGGCAGCGCGCGCGAGUUUGUGCGGAAGCACCGCGAGGCGCUCGAGUCGGCGUACGUGAGCGAGCACCUGCACCACUGGGUGGACCUCAUCUUCGGCUACCAGCAGCAGGGCAAGGCGGCCGAGGAGGCGACCAACGUGUUUUUCUACCUGACGUACGAGGGCGCGGUCGACAUCGACGCGGUGACGGACCCCGCGAUGCGCGCGUCCAUCCUGGCGCAGAUCAACUACUUCGGGCAGACGCCGCGCCAGCUGUUCCAGAAGCCGCACGGCAAGCGCAAGGCCGCCCACGUGGCGCCCCCCGUGCACGCGCUCAAGCACUACGACCUGCUCGUGGCGCAGGAGCUCAAGGAUGCAGCCUCGGGCAAAGGAGCCAUCUCGCAGCUCGUGUUCGACAAGGAGCGCCUGUACGCUGUGGGCGCCGGCUGCGCGCUGCGCCCUCCCAGCUACAGCAAGUACUUCUGCUGGCGCUUCCCGGACAAGAGCGUGCGCAUCAUCGCGUACGACGGCGAGAAGCUGCAGAGCACGCACGAAGCCCUGCACGACGCGGGCCCCGUCCUGAGCGGGGCCAUAAGUAAGGACGGUCGCGUGUUUGUUACCGGGGGCAGCGACGGCGUAAUCCGAGUGUGGCAUAUGCGGAAGGACGCCCCCCGGGGGCAGCGGCGGCUGAUUCUUCAAGAGGCGCUGUGCGCGCACACGGGGGGGGUCACGUGCCUGGCCAUCUGCCAGACGUACGGGGUCAUCGUGAGCGGGUCGGAGGACAAGACGGUGGUCGUGUGUGACCUCAACACGCUGCGCUUCGUGCGCCAGCUGGCGGAGCUGCAACACGCAGUCACGACCGUCCACGUGGACGAUCUGACGGGCGAGAUCGUCACGGGGGCGGGGGGCGUGCUCUGCGUCUGGAGCGUCAACGGGGACUGCCUGGCGGCACACGGGGAGAAGGGGGACACGUGUCAGCCCGGGGAGGAGGUUCUUUCCGUGACGACGCCCCACGGGCAUGCGGACGGGUCCAUCAAGCUGUGGGGCCUGGAGCACCGGGUCGUCGCGGCGCAGCUGGAGCAGGGCGCGCGCAAAGUCAGCCGCGAGCGGCGCAGUCUCAGCAUGAACGUGUCGGCGCUGCAGCACGCUGCGCAAGCCGUUGCGGCCGUCGACAAAAGCUCCACUUUCACGGACUUCGCGAGCGCCGCGCUGCAGACGCCGCAGCCGCCCCCCAGCCCGAGCGUCACCAUCGAAGACCUGCUCAAGGACCACAUCAUGAAGCCCGUGAGCGAGGAGGGGGACACGGCCUCCGAGGACGAGACACCGGAGAAGCGGGACCCGCUCGGCGUGGUGUUGCACGCCCCCAGGCGGAGAUCGUCGGACCACGAGCCGAAGCAGGGCGCGUCGCCCCGUGUGCACGGCGGGCCGGAGUACCGGCUCGUGCUGAAGAAGGUGCUGACGUGGCACAGCGCGGGCGUGAGCGCGGUAUGCGUGGCCCCGUCGCUGAAGGCGCUUUUCAGCGGGGACCGCGCGGGGCGCGUGGUGUGCUGGGCUUUGCCGGAGGAUGGGCUGCGCGACCACUUUCAAGAAGACAGCAGCGUGACCGCGUGCAGCGCGUGCAAGCGCCGGUUCGCGCUGGUGGAGCGGCGGCACCACUGCUGCAACUGCGGGCGCGUGCUGUGCGCCAAGUGCUGCAGCCGCAAGGUGCCGCUCGAGGACCUGGGCUACUUCACGCCCGUGCGCGUCUGCCAGGACUGCUACGAGCUGCGCGUGCGGGGCACCUCCAAGGUGGAGGGGCCACCCCUGGUGGGCCCCGCGUCAAUACCGAAACCAAGCGCGAAGCCGGUGGGGUUGGAGGGCGCGGGCAAGCGGAGUAAGAGCCCGAAGAAGCACUCCGUGCUGGAGAAAAUAGGCAGCACGAGGUGGUGACCGGAGGCGGGAGCCCUCAAACUUAACGGUUUAGAAGCCGGACUGCAGAACUAGGAGUGUACAGUACAUAGAUUAACGGUGGGACCUAUAGUCUGCGUUAUCGAAUCAAUGUUCGGACCUUUGUACCUGUUACGGAAGUUACGAUGUGUUUGGCGAUGGCAAAGGGCGGAAAUCUUACUAGUCAUUAGCUUACGGCCGCACAUGCACCUGCGCAUGAUCAUCACACAACAGCUCUGGCAUUGAACUGGCUACAGGGCCAAUAGUAACGGUGUACAACCGUUCUUGAAAUGCCCUAGUUGUACACUAACCACAGACUCUAAACUGGUUGUACUCAUCAACAUGCAUGAUUUUCCAAGAGUUUCAACGUUAUAUUCUAUGCACGGG